AUUAUUUGGCAACGAACAGAGUCAUGUUGACAUUUGUCGCAGAAACAACAUGAACAGUCGUCUGGUAGUAUUUUCGGCAAUAGCGAUCCUUGCCGUGGCAGGAUCAGUGAAAUCCGCCAGCCAUUAUAAAUUCCCUGUCGAAAGGGAAUCCGUGUUAACAGGAACUCCUCGCGAAGAUCUCAACUAUCGUUUACCAAAUAAUACCAUACCCUCUCACUAUGAUAUCGUUUUAACGACGCGUGUCGAUGAGGGCAUUCGCGAGUUUACCGGUGUCGUAACAAUCGAUGUGACUGUGGUCGAAGAAACUAAUUCAUUUGUUUUGAAUGCACGUCAAUUGAAAUUCGAUAAAGCCACAGUGCAGAGUGGCAGCGAAAGUCCAGAGGAAUUAAAAAUUGUCUACGAUGAACAACGUGAAUUUUUGAUUUUGACACGUAAAGUUGAGGCGCCCUUUGCCAAGGAUUCGAAAUUAAAAUUGAAUGUGACCUAUAACGGUGUACUUCGGAAUGAUAAUGCUGGCUUCUACAUGACCACAUACACCGAUGUCAAUGGCAGUGAACGGCCCCUGGCUGCAACACAGUUCGAGAGUACUAAUGCUCGUCAUGCCUUCCCCUGUUACGAUGAUCCCGGCAAAAGGGCCACAUUCAAAAUUACCAUCAACCAUAGCCCCACAUAUACUGCCAUUUCCAAUAUGCCUGUGUAUGAGACAGAGACCACUUCAGGCAAAACUGUUUUUGAAACCACUGUCAAUAUGCCCACAUACAUUGUGGCCUUUAUUGUUUCGGAUUUCAAAUAUUCUGAAGGUGAACUGAACGGUUUGAAGCAACGUGUCUAUUCUCGACCUGGUUCGGAAGAUGAACAAGAAUGGGGUCUGUUGUCGGGAAUGUUGAUUACUCAACGUCUAGCUGAGUAUUUUGACAUUGAUUUCAUGUUGCCGAAAUUGGAUCAAGCCGCCAUACCGAAUAAAGGUGGUGCCAUGGAAAAUUAUGGUUUGGCCACCUAUGGUGAACAAUAUAUGCUGUACAACAGAGAUCUGUCAACGGUUAACACGCAAACGGCUAUUGCCAAUAUUAUUGGCCAUGAAAUCGGUCAUCAAUGGUUUGGCGAUUAUGUAACUAUUCAAUGGUGGACAUAUCUGUGGCUGAAGGAAGGAUUUGCCCAGUUGUUCUCCUACAAGGCAACAGAUGAUGCCUUCCCGGAAUGGGGUAUAUGGCAACAAUUCCAGACAGACGAAUACCAGGCUGCCUUGACCAGUGAUGCUAGUGAUAAGCCCAGACCUAUGACACAUUAUGUCCAGACAGCCGCCGAGAUAUCUAGCCUCUACGACGAUGUAUCCUAUGCCAAGGCUGGUUCCGUGCUACAUAUGUGGAAUCAUGCCCUAACCGAUGCCGUCUUCAAACGUGGUCUACAUAAUUAUUUGGAUGCUAAUAAAUUUACUUCUGCCGUGGAAGAUGAUCUCUUCAAUGCCUUGCAAAUCGCUGCCAAGGAGGAAAAUCAUCCCAUACCAGCCCGUAUCGAAGAUAUGUUGCGUUCCUGGACCCAACAAGGUGGUUAUCCAGUGCUGACCGUUAGCCGCAACUAUGAUGAUGGUUCAUUCACUGUCGCCCAACAAUCAUUCCACAACAACGAGAACACCAAGUCCGAUAAAUUGUGGUAUAUCCCCAUCAAUUAUGCCAGCCAAUCGAAUGCCGAUUUCCGCAACACAGCAGCCAGCGACUUUUUGUUAAAUGUCAGCAGCAUUAAGGUGGAUGCCAAGCUGUCCAAGGAUGACUGGCUAAUUUUAAAUAAACAAUCGACCGGAUUUUAUCGCAUCAAUUAUGAUGACAAAAAUUGGAAGCUGAUUGUUGAAGGCCUUCACGAUAAACCCUACAAGGUCCAUCCCCUCAAUCGGGCCCAGCUAAUGCAUGAUGCCUAUCGUUUUAGCAUCUCCAAUCGUUUGCAACACUCCACGUUGUUGGAAAUGUUACCCUAUCUGGUUGAAGAGGAUCAAUAUGCUCCAUGGGCCACGGCAAAGGGUAUCUUUGAUACGUUCCAUCGUUUCCUUAUUGAUCACAGCAAUUAUGAAUAUUUCCAACGCUAUCUGGCCUAUAUUGUUGAGCCCGUCUAUGAGAAGUUCGGUGUGCAUGAAGAUUCCGGCGAACAACAUUAUCAUAAAUUUACACGCAACAUUAUCAUCCAUCUGGCCUGGAUGGCUGAUGUUAAAACUUGCCAGCAGGAAGUUCGUAAGAAAUUCGAAGCUGAAUUGAACAACGUUGUUGCCAUUGAGCCAAAUCUACGAUCCCAAUUCUACUGUCUGGCCCUGAAAGAUGCCACAUCCACGGAAUUCAAUUAUGUUUUCGAUAAACUGAUGAACACCAAUGAUCAAGCUUUGCGAAAUUCUUUCAUUUCAUCGCUGGGUUGUGCUGAAAAUGCUGAGCAAUUGAAUAAGUUCUUUAGCAGCUCCAUUGAUACCGGCAACAAGUUGCGCAGUCCGGAACGUCUGACCAUACUCAGUGCUGCCUACAGUCGCAGCCAAGCUGGUCUCUAUGCUGCCAUUGAAUUCCUGAAUAACAAUUGGCAAGCCUAUGGUGAGUUGGCCAUUGGCAGUAACAAACCCUUGGAUGCUGCCAUACGCGGCAUGUCCAGCUAUGUGGUUAAGAGUGAUCAAGAAUUGAAGCUAUUGGAAUUGGUGGACAAGGUAAAGGAGAGUGCCUACGUAAACAGUGAUCUGGAGACAGUGGUUAAAUCUAGAAUUCAGGAUAACUAUAAUUGGUUGAAGGCGAAUCGUGAUCCCAUUAUGUCUUGGAUGCUUAACUUCCGCAACAGUGGCAGUGCUAGUUUAACUCUGUCCUUUGUAUCGUUGGCCAGCGCCUUAGUAAUUGUUGUUUUUAGAUUGUUUUAAAUAGAGAAAUAUAUUUUGAUAUUGUUGUAAACUAAAUAAAAAAACAAUUAAAUUGUAUCAGUCGGUAUACAGAUAUAUACCCUCAGCAUUUGACCAUG